CAGACUUGAGACCAAAGCUAAAGGCAAAGAUCGUGAGGUACGGUACGGAGGUGGUGAUUCUAUGCGGGGGACCAACACCGACACAGCAGGCUGACAAACUACAUGUAGGCACAGACGGUCAAAAAGUAUGGAAUCGCAAAAGCUGGUCCCAUCCACUCCGAAUGGUAACGCAAGCAACGACGGGAGGCCAAGGGAAGAGCAGACGAACUACGGCACCCUGCGAUGCUAUGGGGAAAGUGACCUCGAGCAAAGCUCCGAUGUCAUUUACCUGACCAUUGGGGAUAAAAGUACUCCGAGAUCAGACGAGGAAGGAAGUCGUGGCUUUUCAGAGUCCUGCAUUUCCGACCCAGCGAAAAGAGCUGAGCUGUCAGCUAAGCGAGCUGGCCUCUCCAAGCCCCAUCAAUGGUUGCAAAUUUUGAUUGGUUGGCAGCCUGUUGUCCAGUUGAUGCCUUACCAAGACGGCAGUACCUUGCAGCUGAAGAUGCUGUGGAAGGUUGUCAAUUUCCUCUACCCUGCCCUGAUAGUGGCUUUACUGCUGACAGCAUUCUUCUUGCAGUAUGCCUCGUGUUACAUGAUCAAUACUGAAUCCUCCCAAAAGAAAAACUUCAGUGACUCUAUGCGAAGGUACUGCUUAUCACAGGAAAUCCAGCCACCAUCCAUCCUUCCUCUGAGGUGUCAGAAGUCGGUGGUGGGUGUCUACAUCCUGCCAGGCCUGCUGAACCUGGUCUUCUACCUGUACACGCUUGUUCUCAACCGAUUCAUGGAGGGCGAGCAACUGCCAGCAAUGAUAGAGAAGGUGUCCCUGCAGUGCUCAUCCAGAUAUUUCGUCGGGUACCGGUCACAUAGUGGGCUGGUGAAGUCGUUGGCUAGGUUCUACUACCUCGGCAUACUGUGGAUGUUCCUGGCCUGCGGGUUACCAGUCCUAUUCACAGUUUCUGAGUACAUGACCCUGGAUGGCAUCUACUUUACCUUUCUGCAGAUGUGCCAUGUAGGAAACAUCGUGUUGACAGUGUUGAUGACAGCAGGCUUUGUCAUAUUGUACCUGUCCUACACAGCCAUGCUGACCAACUACACCACCCAGAGCCAGCUCAUGAUCUACCUACUGCUGGGCCUGUCUGAGAGGAUAGAGGAUGCCAGCAUCCGCUUGCCGGACACGGCAAUAUCGAUGGUGAAUGAAGCGGCCAAACUGCUCAAGGUUGUCAAUGGUCACACUGCUUCCUGCAUGUCGCUCCUCAUUGUCAUCUUGGGCUUGGAUGCUGUCCUCUUUGUUCUUGCUGUAUCCAGUGGUACGCUAAGCAGGUUAGAGCCUGUCAUGUCAGCAUCAUACCUAACAGGAGCAGUUGUUGGUGUCGUCUUCAUAGCCAUCAGCCUCACGCAGGCCGGGAGGGUGACUGCUGCCUGUAACCAGCUGAAACGUCUGGGUCACGAGGUGAGGGCCAGACCGUUGGGCUAUCACGAGAUGUCACGGGAUGCAUUGGACUCAUUUCUGCUGUACCUUACAACACUAAACAUCAAGGCCAGGCUGUGUCGCAUACCCAUCAGUUCCUCCCUGCUCUGGCCCCUCAGCUUUGUCUUGCUGCUCGUCGUUGUGAUACUCCUUCAGGUAAAGGUCUUCGCCCGUUAGGCCACCCAGCCCUGCACGUGGUGCUUUUCCCUCAUCGGAACGAGUAAUGUGUCUGUCUCAAGCUGCUGCGACUCUGGCUGGUGUUCAGAGGUAAUAAAUAAUCCACACGCCAACAUUCCACCGUUGUCUUCUGGUCAUGCCACUGCCUGCAGUUUUACUUGCCUUCAGACAACUGUGAGUAUGGCCCCCUCCCUUGCCUCGGCCGAUGUGAUCGAUGCCAGUCCAUCUCGGAUCACUCCUCAGCUAAUGCCAAUACCCAUUUGUUCUCCUGGAUGAAGAGAGGCAAGUAAGGGUCAAGUGGCUCGCCCAAGGCCUCAUCAACAUACGACCAGCAGCUGGAUUCGAGCCCCUGAGCCUUCAAAUUACCCAACCACUAAACCCUAUUCCCUUCAAGCUCCUUGUCUAAGAUCUCUAUUAAAUUGUCAUUUUCUGGUUGCAUCCA